AUGGAGAAUAACAAUCAAAAAGACGCGCCGAAAUCAAAAGUUGAUUUGAACGAUGUGGAGAUGGUUUUCGGUACACCAACGUCUCCUAAAUCUCCUCGGCCUGAUAUUAUAAUUGAAAAUGAAAAGAGCCCCAAUAAAAAUACAGGGUUUCGUAGUAAGCAGGAUCGAAUGCAGAUCGACAGGGUUUGGGUUCAAAUCCAGGGCGAAGCCGAUGUUAUAAAGUAUCACCACUACUAUCACAUGAAAUAUUUCUUUCACUAUUUUACAUUAGGUAUUGCAACUGUCACCAAAGCUGUUUUUGGCCGUUCUGGAGGUAAUAUUCAAAGCUAA